CUCCGACUCAAAACAACACGUGCAACGGAAAGCAUUCCGGGAUUUUUUUAAUUUUGAGCAGUUUUCUAAUAGAAACAAGCCUAAAAAAUGCUGGAGGACAUAAAAGAAAUGAAGGAUAACCCGGUUUUGACAAAUUCUCGAGCAGAAUUUAGGCAGAUACCCAAAAAGUUGAGCAGGCACCUGGCAAACUUAGGAGCACCCCAUGUGGACUCCUUUGAUGAAAUGUUGACCGUGGGACUGGACUUCGUGGCCAAACACAUGACUCCCAUCUAUUGGCAAAGCCCCGCCGGCGAGAAGAUCUCGUUAAAAGUGGAGUCCAUUUGGAUAUCUAAGCCACAGGUGCCUCAGGAUGUUAUUGAUGUGCGCACACGAGAGAUUUAUCCCACAGAUUCAAGGCAACUUCACGUCUCUUACUCGGGAAUGUGCUCCGUUCGAUUGGGUUGGAGUGUUAAUGGAGUAGAGAAGCCCCCUAUAAACAUGGAUUUAGGUGAACUGCCCAUAAUGCUGCGCUCAAAAGCCUGCAAUCUUGGUCAGGCCUCGCCGAAAGACAUGGUGAAACACGGAGAACAUGACAGCGAAUGGGGAGGAAUCUUUGUAAUCCGUGGAAAUGAAAAGAUAGUGCGUAUGCUGAUCAUGACCAGGCGAAACCAUCCAAUCUGCGUAAAACGCUCUUCUUGGAAGGAUCGUGGCCAGAACUUCAGUGAUCUGGGUGUUUUGGUGCAAACAGUUCGGGAGGAUGAAUCCUCCCUUAGCAACGUUCUUCACUAUUUAAACAAUGGAACGGCCAAGUUUAUGUUCUCGCAUGUGAAGAGAUUGUCAUAUGUGCCUGUUUGCCUGAUUCUCAAAUGCCUAAUGGAUUAUACGGAUGAAGAAAUAUACAACAGACUUGUUCAAGGCUACGAGUCCGAUCAGUACUAUCUAUCCUGCGUCCAGAGCAUGCUGAGGGAAGUCCAGAACGAGAAUGUCUACACGCACUCGCAGUGCAGAAGCUUCAUUGGUCACCUGUUCCGCUCUCGCUUCCCAGAGGUUCCGGAAUGGCAACCUGAUGAGGAUGUGACUGACUUUAUCCUUAAGGAAAGAGUCAUGAUUCACCUGGACAAAUACGAGGAUAAGUUUCAGUUGAUUGUGUUUAUGGUGCAGAAGCUAUUUCAAUGCGCCCAGGGCAAACACAGAGUGGAAAACGUCGACUCGGCGAUGAUGCAGGAAGUCCUCCUGCCAGGUCAUCUUUACCAGAAAUACCUAGGCGAACGCGUCGAGUCUUGGGCCUUGCAGGUGCGACGGUGUCUCCAAAAGAAGCUCACUACCCCAGAUGGCUUACUGUCCAGCUCGGUAAUGACCCAGUGCAUGCGGCAAGCGGGCGGAGUAGGUCGGUCCAUGGAGUCGUUUUUAGCCACGGGAAAUAUUGCGAGUCGUACGGGGCUGGGAUUAAUGCAAAAUAGUGGUUUGGUCAUUAUGGCAGAAAACAUCAACAGGAUGCGUUACAUGUCCCAUUUCCGAGCUAUUCACCGUGGUUCCUACUUUACAACCAUGCGAACCACAGAGGCACGACAGCUCCUCCCGGAUGCCUGGGGCUUUAUUUGCCCUGUCCACACUCCCGACGGCACGCCUUGUGGAUUGCUUAACCAUUUGACUCUGACCUGCGAAAUUUCAAAGCGUGCAGAUCCCAAACUAGUAGAGGUCAUUCCUUCUAACCUGAUAGAAAUGGGCAUGAUGCCGUUGUCCCAACAAAGCUCUCCGGAUGCCAAGCUAUAUGUUGUUUUCUUAGAUGGUAAACAUCUGGGUUACAUUCACCAAUCAGAUGCCACAAAAAUAGUCGACGAUUUGCGCUACGGAAAGAUUUUUGGCACAUUUCCCCAAAUGAUGGAAAUAGGCUUUAUUCCAUUUAAAAAGAAUGGCCAGUUUCCAGGACUUUAUCUUUCAACGGGACCUGCCAGAAUGAUGAGGCCAGUUUGGAACCUAAAGUGGAAGAGGGUGGAGUACAUUGGAACACUUGAGCAGUUGUAUAUGGAGAUUGCCAUCGAUCCAAAAGAAAUGUACACAGACUUCACCACGCAUCUGGAAUUGGCCAAGACGCACUUUAUGAGCAACCUAGCAAACUUAAUUCCCAUGCCAGACUACAAUCAAUCGCCUCGUAACAUGUACCAGUGUCAGAUGGGAAAGCAAACCAUGGGAACCCCAUGCUUAAAUUGGCCCAAGCAGGCGGCCAACAAGUUGUACCGCCUGCAAACGCCAGCUUCGCCGCUCUUCCGUCCGGUUCACUACGACAACAUCCAGUUGGAUGACUUCGCCAUGGGCACAAACGCUAUUGUAGCUGUUAUUUCCUACACGGGUUACGAUAUGGAAGACGCCAUGAUCAUCAACAAGGCGGCAUACGAAAGAGGAUUUGCCUAUGGAAGUAUCUACAAAACAAAGUUCUUGACGCUGGACAAAAAGAACAGCUAUUUCGCUAGGCACCCGCAUAUGCCGGAAUUAGCUAAAUAUCUUGAUGCAGACGGUCUUCCACACCCAGGCUCUAAAUUGAGCUACGGAGCUCCACUGUACUGUUAUUUUGACGGCGAGGUAGCCACAUAUAAGGUUGUGAAAAUGGAUGAAAAGGAGGACUGCAUGGUAGAUAGCAUUCGUCGGUUGGGUAGUUUCGAUUCGUCGGCUAAAAGAUCGGCAGCCAUUACACUGAGGGUUCCACGACCGGCCACUAUUGGCGAUAAAUUUGCGUCGAGAGCCGGCCAGAAAGGAAUUUGCUCACAGAAGUAUCCCGCCGAGGACUUGCCCUUCACGGAAUCAGGUCUGAUCCCAGAUAUCGUGUUCAACCCCCACGGUUUUCCCUCCCGUAUGACAAUCGCCAUGAUGAUUGAAACAAUGGCGGGAAAGAAUGCAGCAGUCCACGGGAAUGUCUACGACGCCACUCCUUUCCGCUUUUCAGAGGAGAAUACGGCCAUUGAUUACUUUGGCAAGAUGCUCGAGGCCGGAGGAUAUAACUACUACGGAACGGAGAGACUAUAUUCAGGUGUUGAUGGACGCGAGAUGAAGGCGGAUAUAUUCUUUGGAGUGGUGCAUUACCAGCGCCUGCGGCACAUGGUGUUUGACAAGUGGCAGGUUAGGUCCACUGGAGCCGUGGAAGCCCGCACCCACCAGCCAAUUAAGGGCAGAAAACGAGGCGGCGGUGUGAGAUUCGGAGAGAUGGAACGAGAUGCGUUGAUUUCCCACGGAGCCGCCUUUCUGCUGCAGGACCGCUUGUUUCACAACUCGGACAAAACUCACACGCUGGUGUGCCACAAGUGUGGGUCAAUUUUGGCGCCACUGCAGCAGAUUGUUAAGCGAAACGAAACGGGAGGACUCUCCUCUCAACCGGAAACAUGUCGUUUGUGCGGAGACAACAGCUCUGUGUCCAUGAUCGAGAUCCCCUUCUCCUUCAAGUUCCUGGUGACCGAGCUGAGUUCGGUCAACAUAAAUGCCAGGUUCAAGCUGAACGAGAUUUGAGCGGAAUUUAAGAUUAAGUCCCUAUUUUAUGCCUUGUACUCCUACUAAUAAAAUGGAUUGCAACAA